AUAUUAUUUCAAUAAAUCUUGCUAAAGUGGCGGGGGCAUCAAAUAAUAAUGGAAAAGGGGGACGACAAGCCGCCCCAGUCGACGUGGGGUCUCCCCUACUCGACUGGGAGGAGGCUGACCAUUUUAGUUUCGAGGAUUCAGAACGGUUCGAAGAAGAUUCCUUAUGCAGCUGGAGCUCGGAACCCGAGAGCCUGUGCAACAAUUGGCGAGGCUGGAGACGCCCAAACCUUCAGAAUACAUUCGGCAACCGUUCUACGAAAAAGACAAUUCAAGAAAAGACAGUAUCAACUCUUAGUGAACUAGCUGCCAAAUGUGUAGCGUCACACAUACCGUUUGAAUUAGUUGAACAUGUCUAUCCACCCGUGCCGGAGCAACUGCAGCUGCAGAUUGCAUUCUGGAGUUUCCCAGACAGUGAAGAUGACAUCCGACUGUACUCGUGUCUCGCAAAUGGUUCCGCUGACGAGUUUCAGAAAGGUGAACAUUUGUUCAGAGAUCGGGCAGUCAAGGAUGUCCUACAAAUCGGUUUCCACUUAUCAGCGACAGUGGUUGUACUUAGUAUGCCCAGAGGUCAGUUCAAUGUGGCAGUGACCUUCGAUAGGCAAAGAAUAUCAUCAUGCAACUGCACCUGCUCAUCUACAGCACAUUGGUGCUCGCACAUUGUAGCUGUUUGUCUGUACCGGAUACAUCUUCCAACACAAGUAUGCCUCAGAGCACCAGUGUCGGAAUCACUGCAACGGUUACGAAGAGAUCAGCUGCAGAAGUUCGCACAAUACUUGAUAUCGGAACUGCCGCGGCAAGUCCUACCAACAGCUCAGCGUAUACUGGACGAGCUUCUGUCAGCGCAGCCGAACCCAAUCAACACGACCUGCGGAGCCCCGGACCCAACUGCCGGCGCUUCCGCCUACGAGUACACCUCUUGGUUCCUCGAUGAGAAGACUUUGCAUAACAACAUCAAUAAGAUCUUGGUCAAGUUUUGUGUCCCAACUCCUAUAGUCUUCAGUGACGUCAACUAUCUAAGUACAAGCGCACCUCCCGCUGCGGCCGAGUGGUCAUCGCUGCUGCGCCCUCUGAGGGGGAGGGAGCCAGAGGGAAUGUGGAACUUACUCUCUAUUGUCAGAGAGAUGUUCAAGAGGAAUGAUAGAAAUGCUAUACCUCUGUUGGAGAUCAUAACCGAAGAGGUCAUGGCUUGUGAACAGAUCAUAGUAUGGUGGUAUACGACAAAGGCUGCGCUGGUCGCGUGGGGCGGCGGCGGCGGCGGCAAGCACGGCGGCAGCGGCGGCAACUCUGCCGCACAACAUGCCUGCUCUUCACUAUGUGACGAGGUCGUCGUGUUAUGGCGUCUAGCCGCGCUCAACCCUGCUCUGGCACCGCAUGAACGUGAUACGCUGCAUGAACAAUUCGCUCAAUGGCACAUGAAAGUGCUUGAUAAGGUUGCGAAGAACCGCAACAACCACAUCAGCACUUCGACGUCUCAUACUCGCCACACCUCGCGGAUUCACUCGCAUUCGCCUUACAUCAAUGGUAUUAGUGAGAACGAGGUGUUCCCCGGCUUCCACCCCGCCAUGGAGGCUUGCUUCCUCGAGUGGGAUGACUAUCAGAUACCCGGGGUGACCUACACCAAGGACUUAAACCCGCUGUACCACAGCCCCUUCACCAUUUUCAGACAUGCUGAUAAACAGAAUGAUAGUGUUCAUCAGGUGAAUUCAUCAAAAGCAGUGCUGAACAAUGAGAUGUCAUUGAGUUAUCGCCUGACAAACCCUGAUCCUUCGAUGCAGAGACAUCGCACUUCCAUACAUAGGAGUCACAUUGCUGUUGAUCUAGCUAUUCCUGGACCAUCAAGUCAGCCUUGUGGCGCUGAGCUGCCGAGUGACCCUCCUCGCGAUUCUGGACCGAGUGAUGGAAAUCAUUCCAGUGUUUCAUCGGAGGGUUUUUGCGAGAACGAGGAAGAAAUUCUCCAGCAGAGUGGUGGAGAAACAGACUCUCAGGAGUCGAGUUCUCCCCCGGUAUCCUCGGAUGACGCUCAUCGUCGCGUCUCUAAUGACGAGUCGGUCUCGGAUGAUGACUGCAACCUGUACUUCUAUGACACGGCCGCUGCUAGGCGAGCUGUAGCCGGCGAAGGAACUAGCUCUGGGAGUAACGUUGCCUUGGCCUCAGGCAGCGGCUGCGCGCUGGGCUGGGCGUGCGGCUGGGAGGGCUCGUUCGCCCGCGCGGAGGGGCUGCAGGCGCACGGGCACGCGCGCGAGGCGUGCGCGCUGGGCGCGCGGCUGGCGCGCGAGCUGCUGGCGCGGCCGCCCGCGCUGGGCGCGGCGCUGGCGCUGGCGGGCGACCCGCGCCGCGCGCGCCGCCGCCACGCCACCGCGCCGCGCCUCUGCGCCGCCUCGCACCGCCUCUCCUGUCUGGCCUCCGCCACGCUCGCCAAGUGCGCCUUCCUCUGCACCGUAUUGGCGGAAUUCAGUGAACACCAUGAAUUAGCUUUCCGCGUCGGCCUAUUCGCCUUAGAGAUGGCUCGUCCACCAGCGAGUACUAAGGCUUUGGAAGUGAAACUUAAUAAUCAAGAGACGGAAUUGGUAGCUCUAUUGAAAAAGCUGCCAACUGGCGCUGAACAAUUAGCUUUGGCCCGAGAGAAGGCUGAGCAACUUCGUGAUGGUACAUUGAGGAACCGUGGACCGGCGCUAUUACCUAUAGCACUUGCAAGCUUCCUUUUCGAUGUUCUCGUUUUAUCCGCAACAGAUAAAGAGAAUAAACAUCCCGCAAGGUCCCCGAACGAUGAGACUUUAGGAUUUGAAGCCGCUGUAGCAGCCUUGGGAUUGAAGGCUAACGUGUCUGAAGCAGAGCACCCGCUGCUGUGCGAGGGAACCCGCCGCCAGCGCGGGGAACUAGCGCUGACAUUACUGUCAUUCUACAAAGACGAUCCCGUCAAACUAGCCAGGAUUAUGAAUAAACUCCUAGACCGCGAGAUCCACCAGCUGACGAAGAGCCCGAUGGUGAGCCUGUUCUACAUGAACAACCCGCGGCUGGCGGCCUACCGCGCGGACGUGCCGCCCGCCUACCCGCACCCGCACCAGCCACACCACCCGCACUCCAGCAACGCUAUGCCGCCACAGGCGGCGGUCUGCCUGAGCGGGGACAUGGAGCGGCUGGCCGUGUCGGAGGGCGGCGCGUCCCCGCCCGCGCACGCGCCGCACGCCGGGCACGCGGCGCACGCCGGGCACGCCGGGCACGUCGCGCACGCGCCGCACGCGCACGCGCAGCACGCGCCGCACCCCGCGCCGCACGCUUCCUCCUCGCACCCGCCUAUGGCUCGCCCCAAGGACUCCAGAAAUGCCGAGGUCGCCAUCCGACCGGCUAUCGGCCCGCCACAGCAGCAACUUGCCGUAUGUCGCGGUGGAGUUCGUCCUACAGACAAUUCGUCCUACCCGCGCGUCUCACAAUAUGGAUAUAAGGGUAAGCGCAUAUACCCGUCGGUGCCGAACCAGCCGUCGGAAGCUUCUGCACACUUUAUGUUCGAGCUGGCCAAGUCUGUGCUGUUUAAAGCCGGCGGGUCUUCAAGCACCAGCAUGUUUACACAGCCCUCAUGCGCGAGGGAGCAUCAUGGACCUCACAGAGGAUUACACAUGGCAGCGUUUCAACUCGGCCUCUACGCUCUAGGCCUACAUAACUGUGUUAGCGCGAACUGGCUCAGUCGUACCUAUUCGUCCCACGUCAGUUGGAUCACUGGUCAAGCAAUGGACAUUGGCGCACCAGCCAUAUUGUUCCUCAUAGAUGCAUGGGAGGGACAUUUGACUCCUCCAGAGGCUGCUAGUAUUGCUGAUAAGGCGUCCUCCGGGCGCGACGUGCCCACGGUCCGCGCGGCGGCGGAGCUGGCGCUGUCGGUGCUGCCGCACGCGCACGCGCUCAACUACAACGAGAUCCAGCGCGCCGUGCUGCAGUGCAAGGAGCAGAGCGACGCCAUGCUGGAGCGGGCCUGUCUCACCGUCGAGGCCGCCGCUAAAGGAGGUGGCGUGUACCCGGAAGUUCUAUACACGGUGGCCCGCUACUGGCAUGAGCUGUACCUGCGCCAGGCCAACGAGGAGUCGGAGCCGCUGCUGGACGAGCCGCAGUACCGCGCGCAGCCGCCGCCGCUCGCGCUCUCCGUGCCCUACCCUAUACCAUACUCCUUCACAUACCAUCCUUACCCGCCAACUAUAUACCAGCUGCCGCCAAUGAUAAACGAGAAUGGUUGUCAGUACGCGGGCGCGAGCGGCGCGCACCCUGGGCCGGGCUACGCGCUGCCGCCGUACUUCGUGCGCGGGCUGGUGGCGCCCGGCGCGCAGCACGGGCCGCACGCGCCGCUGCCGCCGCACGCCGCGCACGCGCAGCUGCCGCCGCUGCCGCAGCACGCGCAGCUGGCGCCGCACCCGGGGCUGGCGCCGCACGCGCCGCACCCGCAGCACGUCACGCACGCGCCGCCCCUCCAGGUCAACGCCACCGUGCAUCAAGUUGUGAGUAUUAGGCACCCAGCGCCAAUACCUCCACCAAUGCCGGCGCCUCACACUGGAGUAGCAGGUGUACCAAGCCUGCCGACCAUGUCGACCAUGCCCAGUAUGCCCGCUAUGCCCAAUAUGCCAAACAUGCAGAACAUGUCUAACAUGCCGAGCAUGCCAAGCAUGCCUAAUAUGCCCAGCAUGCCUAACCUUCCGCCACUAUCCGGCGUUCCAAAUGUCAACACAGUUGCCAACGUUACCAACGGAAUGCCCAAUGGAAUGGGAAACGGAAUGGGAAAUGGCAUGGGUAACGGUAUGGGAAACGGAAUGGGAAAUGGCAUGGCUAACGGAAUGGGAAACGGGAUGGGUAAUGGCAUGGGAAACGCCAUGGGAAAUGGGAUGGGGAACGGAAUGGGAAACGGGAUGGGUAAUGGAAUGGGUAACGCAAUGGGCAACGGCAUGGGCAAUGGUAUGAACACCGGCGUGGGAAACGGAGUGCAAGCGAACCAAGCGCCGCCCAACGUGAACCAGACGCAGCUGCGCCGCCUGCUGGCCGCCUACCGCGUCGGGAUGCUGGCGCUCGAGACUCAAGCCCGCCGCGUGCAUGACGACCGCCCGCAGAACAAGUUCGGCAGGAACCCGCCGUACGGCGAGCACGUGAAGUGGCUGCUGCGCAUCUCGAAGCGGCUGGGCGCGCAGUACCUGCACCAGUUCUGCGUGUGCGCCGUGAACUCCGUGGUGUCGCCCUUCGUGCUGUACGAGCUGUGCGUGGAGAGCGCGCACUGGCUGGCGCGCGGCGGCCCGCACCACCUCGUCAUGCAGCAUCUGCGGGGCACGCUGGCGCCGCUCGUGCAGAAGUGCCAGCAGAUGUACAUCCAAUGCAUCCACCAGAAGCUCUACCACCUGACAACAGUGGAAUAUGAAGAGUUCGUGAGCAUCGUGCUGUCAGCCCGCACCGCGUUCCAGCUCACGCCCGAAGGCAACACGCAGUUCAAAGAGUGGCUCGCCUCACUCCGCAGAUCAAAAUCGUGCAAAAAGGAUCUGUGGACGCAGCUGAAUGCGGCGCUGCAAACGAACGGCAAAUGACGUCGGCAGCCGAUAGUUUGUAGAGUGCGGUGUUCCGCGCGCAAACUGUCACAACACAGGCGAUGGCCGCGAUAUCGGCUCCUAUACCAUCUACAUAAUCUCUAACUAUUAUAUAAAUUAUGUUAUUUGUAAUUUAAGUACAUCCAACACCAACAUUAUCGAGAACAACUAUCGAUAUUGACACUGUACUAAAUGAAUAACGAAAUAACAUGAUUAUUCUGCUUUUAAUAUUAAGCUAACUAUACUUGGAGUUGAUAUUUUUGAGUUAUAUAUCACGGAUUUUAAUGACGCGAGAAUGUUGAAAAAUUGUGAACAUUCUAGCACAUAAGCAACUCGGACAUGAACAACUUGAUUUGCGCGAGAUGCGUAUCGAAACUUAAAUUACAAAUAAUAUUACAUGACUUGAGAAGAAUGUACCUCUGUUAGUACAGUUACAUUCUAUUUCGAGGACAUCGGUCUUAGUAUGAACGAAAUGUAUGAUGAUCACAGAAAAAUGUUGCUAACUCCCGAACUAAUUUCGACAUUACUAUGAUUACACUGUCCUUGUAGGAUAUAUUUUCAAUGCGUUUUUAUUCCCGAGAAGGUGAGGAAACGUCUGUUUCUAUGAGAAUUACCGGUGGUUGAACACUUAGUAUGUAAUGUCUUGUAUGAAUUCACCUAACUGACAUGAGAGGUAAUUUCCAGCUCAUAUGAAGGUUGUGCUUCUAAUAGUCUGACAUUUGGUUGUUAUCGGAGUUUUAUUGUAAGAGAAAUACAUAUUUUUGCAAUUUUUUUGUCAGAGGAGGUUAGCAACAUUUAAUUCGUUUCUUCUCACCCGUGCAAUGUCGUGUGGAGUUUUAACACUUUCAUGUUAACAAUCUAUGUCUCAUAAUAAUGUAUACAAAACAUUGCACAAAUAUAAAGGACUUUCAUCUUUUCCGUGAAUUUUGAAAUAUUCUUGACACUUAAACUAGUCAGUGGUUUUGAGGAUCCGUAUUUGGUAUAUCCGUGGGACUUCAUAACUGUAGCUCAUUUAGUUUUCAUUCUUUGAUUAGAGUUAUUUUAGAAACCAAUUUGAUUUUAAUAUCUCUUACUGCGGGCGUCACUACGCUAUCUAACCAGUCGAGUAACAGAUAUUAAAUGAUAACCAUUUGAUGAGAAAUGUUAUUAAUAACGGAAACUUUACCCAUAUUUAAUAUUAUUUGAGUCAACACGUUUCAGUUAUUGUUAACAUUUUUGCUUUUAGUUAUUUCUAUAUGCUAGGUGGGCAUUUGAUUACAUUAGAGAAUUAACUAUUUUCAAGUCUUCAUGUGAACUCUGCAACUAAGUUUUCGCUUAGUGCAAGUGUGGACUCUGGAUAAUAGUCCAAUCAUGUCAGGUCUGGGAAGUCCACGUACAGCUGUUGGACUGUCAUGGCUACUCGUAGUGUGGACACGUUUCUGUCGGGCUUCCAAUCAACAUCAAAAAUUAAGGCGAUAAUUACUUAAAUACAAAUCAGUGUCCACUUAGCGGAAUGUCGUGAAGAUCUCUAUCAUUUUGUAAGCUUUUAGAAAAUAAUACGUCACUCAUUUAUUGUACGCGUUUUGUCGCUUUUUUAGUGUAAUGUAAUAUGAGAGAAUACUUUCUGUAUCAGAUGUGAGCGGUUUGGAUUGCGGUGAAUAUGUUCGAUGGUUUAUUUAAGUAUUAACUGCUCUAUAUGAACGUUUCGCUGACUAUCCCGAGGACUGUAUAGUUACGUACUGUUGUUCAUUGUAAAGCGACUACAGUACUUACACUGUCUGUUUACUGAAACAUAAGCACGAUAUUCUUAAGGCGGUCUCAUUAGUGUAGUCGAUUUAUAAAUAUUAACUUUUUUGAAAGAUAACUCUAAAAUUUGUCAUUAUGUCAAACAAUGGAGUUUCAAAAUUAAUAACAAUAGUCCAUGUUGUAAUGUGAAUUGGCUAAGGUUAUUCAAAUUGACCUAAGGAGGUCAUUAGACUACAGAAUAGUAGACAGAAUGUAGGCGGUGACCGUGGAUACACUAUUUUUGAUAUUCUCUUGUCGGAAUUUGCAGUUUCAUGAAUGUUUUAGUAUAACGUCUUGCGAAGAUAAAUGUAGACGUGCGUUCGUAACUAUAGUAACUUUAUUUACACGUUUAUAUUAUUAUAUACUUAUAUUGUAAUGCAUAGUAGUAUGAGUUGAAAGCCUCUAAAAUAUAUCGUGUAUGACGCAUAAGCUGGCAACAAAAGCGAAGCGCAUUAAUAGACGCCACUUGGUCAAAAUACGUCAUUACGUACUUGUGUGAAGCGAUUACAAAACGGUGUAACUUUUCUAUAGCUUACGCUAGUGUAGAUCGCGUCUAUCGAUGAUCAAUUAUAUAUACUGAACAACCGACCAAGUUGCAGAUAUUUGUGCCAUUAGAACCCCACAUUCCACAGUCAGAUAUAAAGUUACACAGUUCGCGGUAUGGUGUAAGCGAUGUGCAUUAUAAAAAAAUAUAAAUGAUAAGACACAUCCUAAUAUAAUUAUAUACAUAUUUUAUAAUUAAUGUAAAUUCUAUAUAUCUUCCAACUUUGAAGCAAUACUGAUAUAUCAUUUAUAAAUUUAAAAAUAAUAUGAAAUUUAGAAAUUUAUGAUGUGUAUAAUUGGCAAAAGUAAGUGAUUUGUGUCAUACAUUAAGGAUAAAUAUAUAAAGAUAAAUUUUAUUAUGGGACUGUUACGCCAUUGGUUUCGCGUGUUCAUCCGUUUGCGAUGUAUGAACGCUAGUGUAAAUUGCUCAAACAUUUAAGUGAUACUGCAUAUGAUUGACUUAUCAACGCAGUGUCUGGGAAAAGUAAUUUGGUAAAGUUUGUUGGGAAAGUGGCCGUUGGUUGUUGCUUACACUGCUUUCGUGUGAGCAACAAAUUAAUGAUCAAGUGUAUGGUAGCGCUUUCAAAUUUCAAGACUUGGAAAUCAUGGAGCUUUCGAAUUAUAUUACAAUGGGUCAAUUGAAACAAAAAAAUGCGUAACUGCUGUUUUGCAUGUUCACACCUUAACUGGUCAUAUGUUUGACUUGAAUAUAUUCACACUAUGAUCGUGAAUGUACCAUGGAACAUGCGACAAGUAUCUACUAAAAAUUUCGAUGACUUCUUGCGGAUUUUUUAACCCUUAAUUAUUGAUCAUGAUAUAAUGCGCGAAGUGGAAUGGAAAACAGAAAGAUUUUAUCAGAGGUAACGGAAUAUUAUCAAAUCUGACAUUGGAAUGUAAUUUGUUGCCAGCCUUAGCAUCGAGUAGGUUUAGUUCAAUAUUUAGAUGUUUACGUGCAUUGAUUAAAGGUGUGGAUGUUUCAGCAUUCGGUAGAUAGUAAAUUUUUAGAAUGCUAGUUAGGAUAAAUUGAAGUUCGUAACAAUUUGGAUCAAAGCAAAGGUUUAUGAUUUUACAGUCUCCAUUGUAUCGUAAUUACAGAACGAAUCAGAAUGUGUGGUUGGAUAGUGUUUCCUACAUAGCUUCUCGUCAACUUCGGUAAUCCUGUUAAGAUUAACUUCUGCACAAAAGCUCUUGCUCGUUACCAACUCGUUAAUAAUGCACUUUGAGUUUUCAGUCGUAUUUUAGUGUGAUUGUGUUUUUAGGAAGAGUUUCGUACUGUCAUAUUUAUUUAGAUAUAAUUAGAUUCAAGGAGAUUGCACUGCGGAGAUGCGGGAACAUGUUUGUGCGGAAACUGUGACGUUUGUUUUCAGUACCGUUGUUUACAAAACACACUCAUAGUGAGUUGCAUUCGUAAUCCAUUGCAACUGCGUAUCUCCGGAGUGCGCUUCCGCACGUCGCGUCCAAUUUUAUCUACUCAAACUCACAUUAUUUUAAUAAAUUUAAUUUAUUUUGACUACCUCGUUGUCCAGACUUAAAAAUUAGAGUUUAUGUAACGUCAUUAGUUAUACACCGUGGAUGGUACCCGACUGUCUGUCGCUAAAUGCGACUUUAUUGUAGUAAAUUAUAUUCUGUAUUAUUAAUUUGCGUUGCGUUGAUUUUUAAAAGACUGUAGAGUAGCUUCGCACUCUCGUAAUAAGGCACUUCUCUAUGUUUGUCGUAAGCUAUAUUCUUUCAACGCAUUCACAAUUAAAUUUAUAGUCACACACUUUUGGAAAGACAUGAGUUUGUCUUAGAGACUUUGCCGUCCAUAAAUUAAUUUGCAAUUCUUUGAACUAUCGUCUUUCGUUUAUGACACUUUCCUACUAAGAAUUAAAAAUUACAUAACAAUUCAAAUAUUUAUAUUACAAUAUUGAAAAAAUAUAAUAAUCUAAUAUUGCUCUUCGGGCAUUAUUAACAUUUUUUGGUAUAGUUUAGUCGAAAAACAUAUUUCUUCUGCAUCGGUAUUAAGGAGUGCUUUGACACUUUAGUCUCAAAAAACUAUUUUUACACUUUAAAGCGUAUUUAAAUGAAAAAAAAAGAUUAAAUAUAUCGUUAGUUCGGUAAUUAUAGUGUGUUAGAACGGAGCAUAUUUUAAUUAGUCGUUUAAUGCAUGUUCAUAGUUUUAAUUCGCCCAGUGUGAGGCAGGCUCGCGAGGUGUUACAUACGUGUUUUGGUACCCGAUUGAUUUGCAGUAUCACAUAUCAGUUGAGUCGGACUCCGCUUCGGAACACGUCGAUAUCAGUAUAUUUCAACGAUAUCCAACAUGUAAACGAGCAUAAUUUAAUUAAAUCACAAUUAAAUUAUUGUAGCAUUGGACAUAUAACGUUCUAAGUCAUAGGCGUAAUGUGGAUUGGACAUACACCAGAUUGGAUUGGGUGUCUCCUGAGCCAGCUCAGCAUUCGCAGGCGCCGCGCCGCCAGUGCCUCGCUCCGAUGCAACACGCGGAGUAGCCGUGUGGUUAGGUUUAGUGCCGCUCGUAUGUCUUGUCCACAGUUGGUCUGCAACUCUAGUGGUAGGGCACAAUUAGUAGCGCAUAAAGAUAGUUCAGGAUCGUGGUCAAUGGGUCGUUAGCUGCACUUGUAUUGAGUUUUGUUCUUUAAUACUCAUGGCAAUGUAUGCGUGUCGAACUACGUCACAUCACAAGUCAGUUAGAGGUAUAGAGGGUAUUCAGCCUAGCAAGUUUGUUUAGUUCUAUAUCGAAGAUGCAUAAUUAUUUUAUACAUCUGGAUUUGUAGUUUAAUUAAUGCACUUUGUAAGUGUGGUGUCUCCGCCUAUUAAAAUAUUUAACCAUUUACAGAGUUCGAAUGGCUACUUAUUAGUGUACGUAAUAAAUUUAUAUAAUGAUAUUUUAAUUGUUCGUAUCGCAUAUUUACUUAUUUGAAAAAUGUAGUAUCAACACAAAGAAUGUCAUUGAUAGUAUAUCUCUUCUUGAACGGGUUCAGAGUACUUAUAUAAUUUCGAAUAACAUAAGCGACAGGUUGAUGUCUAUUUGUUGGUGCACAAAUAUUUAUCUUUGGCUUGAGUGCAUUGACUUGACAUCAUUUUUAAAACUAUAUCUAUUGAAUGUCAUUCUUUGUUGUGUUCCUAUGCGUUUCAAUGCAAUAACACGGCCGAACAGUGAAAAGGAAAAGUAUCCUUGUGUAAUAUCGUUCAGCUCGUACAUAUAAAGAAUUCUUUGCAAAUUAUUAUUAAAACGAACUGUAUAAUUUUUGUGCCACGAUCGAUUCCAAAACUGUCCGCCAUGUUAACUUGCAGGACGUAAGACUGACAAGAACAUUGAAAUAGUCGAAAAUGGAGUCUUAAAUGUAACCCAGGGUGUCUGGAAACGAUGCUUUUGCCACGUAUCGUAAGUUUUGUCUGGUUGGGAUUUGCUUAGGUAUUCGUUUUACGAUGUAUAUGAAAAGUAUUGUUUUAUGACAUCCUGUAUAAUAUAGAAAGUGCCCAUACAUAUAGUAUUUAUUAAAUAUAUAGCACUAGACAUUUUGCUCCGUUGUCGCAGAAGGUUGUAAUUAUAAAAGUAUAGUUAAUAUUAAUUAGUAAAAUGAUAGACUGUUUUGCACGAUUUCUGGUUUAACCGUGUCAUGUCUUGUUCACGUCACUCUCAUACCAACAGACAUUGAAGGAACACUUUGUGAUAACAAGGUUCAAGUUUGCAGUCUGCUGGUUGCAUGUCAAUCAACCUUUCUAUAUUCGGUACAUUACAUAACUUGCAAUUUAUCCCUCUAUAGUGAACUGUAUGUUUCUACUCCGACUCGAAAUAUUUUGACUCUAGAACGUUUUAUUACUUUUACGAUUACACUAUAAGUCUUUUGGCGACAUAUUUGAAGUAAUAUUAUUUAAUUAUUCAAUAUACUUAUCUAUACUAAGA